GGAAAGCGGAGUUGGGGGUUUUGUUGGAGGGGGAGGUUGGGUUCAGUUAUAUCCGAACCGCUGGAGAAAAAGCAGGCGGUUAUUUCUCUCCCCUCCCCUCAGAGCUCUGCCCUCCCUCUGCAAAACACUCCAACAUUUCAAACCUCCGGCACGAUUGACCCUACUGAACAAAAUGGCAUGACAAGAACAGAAGACGGAGAGACAGAAGAUCAUCAAAGCAAAGACUUAGAAUAGGUCAAAACAAAGGAAGGGAAAAAACACUGAAGUUCUGUUCAUUUCUUCAAAACUUCCAGAGCUCCAAAGUCAUUUUCUGGGUUCAUUCGGAAGGUUUUUCAGCCAAAGUUUCUUUUGAGAUGCAACACAUCUCACCUCAGGGCCUGAGCAAGGCCAAGAGGGUGGAGAGACCCUGACGAUGAAGUGACGCUGGGCGUGAACCACGCUCCGGAUUCUUCUCCCACACCAGAUCUUUGGUAGCUCACAGUCAAGAUGUGAGCGGAGGAUUUCUUUAGUGCAACGCUUGGACUUCCUGAUUUUGGGUUUUCCUUUUUUUACUUUUCCUCCCUGCUCCGUAGGGCCAAUGGUUGAUUCUGAGGUGUGUUUUCUUUAAUCUGGAUAAGACACUGAGGUCUGAUGAAGAACAAGGCUGCCAAGCAGAAGUCCAAACGAAAAGGGAGCGAGAAUGCGUUCGGCUGUGACUUGACUGAACAUCUGCAGAGUUCGGGACAUGACGUUCCACAGGUUCUGAAGACGUGUGCAGAGUUCAUCGAGCAACAUGGCAUCGUGGACGGGAUCUACAGACUUUCAGGAAUCACAUCUAACAUUCAGAGACUCAGGCAGGAGUUUUGCUCGGAGCUGUGUCCUGACCUCACUAAAGAAGUCUAUCUUCAGGACAUCCACUGCGUCGGCUCUCUGUGUAAGCUGUACUUCAGAGAGCUGCCCAACCCUUUGCUCACAUAUGAACUCUACAAGAAAUUUACAGAUGCCCUGUCGUUUAAAGAGGAACAGGAGCAACUUCGGAACAUGAAGAGCGUCAUUAAAGAGCUUCCUGCUGCUCAUCUCAGAACUUUGGAAUACCUCACCAAACAUUUGGCUCAUCUGGCCACCCUCUGUCACCGGACCAACAUGCACUCUCGCAACCUGGCACUGGUGUGGGCUCCAAAUCUCCUGCGCUCAAAGGAAGUUGAGGUGUCCACCUGUAACGGUGAUGUAGCGUUUCUCGAGGUGCGGGUUCAGCAGUCGGUUGUGGAGUUUAUUCUCAAUCACACUGAUCAGAUCUUUCAUGAUGUUCCACCAUCCAAACCCAGAGAAGGCCCCAGUGUGGCGUGUGGGGAGAAAUACGCCACCUUGCCCGCCACCAUGCAGUGCGGUCCUAUGAAGCUGAUGAGUCUCGAGGAAGCACAAGCUCGCUCGCUCAGUCCAAAUCAUCCGGCAAUGAGAGAGAGACAGAGAGAGAACAGCUUACCAGAUCCCAGCACUGCUGCUAUGUAUCAUACAGUGAUAGAUCUGUCUGACAGCAGAAGGAAAUUCUCUGGAAAGUCAAAGAAGUGGAAGUCUAUCUUCAGUCUGGGACGCUCCGUCAUGGAUUCUAAAGGGAAACUGAGUCGUAAUGGAAGUGUGUUUAUGAGAGGUCCAAAUAUGUCAGAAAAACCUGUGAUACGGCCAUCUAAAAGCAUGGACUCUCUCUGUUCUCAACCAGCAGAUGAGGACAAAGCAUCCACAGCAGGGGGAAGCAAUGGUAUCUUCAUGCCAGCUCUCAAAUCCAGAACACUGGGCUCAGACAUCGACUACAACCUAAACGAGAAAGAUACAAAAUGGGAGUCAGAGCAACAUACGGCCUCAGGAGGACGUCGGAAUGAGAAAGGCCCUCCAGAUGCAUCUCCUUCGUCUUCUUCAUCUCCUCUGCAAAAAACACUUCCAGAACAGCUGAAAGUUUUCAAAGGCGAUGACCGCAGCGGCUGCCAGCCGACGUCUCCCAAAAACCGCAGGAUGUUGUAUUCGGGAUCGACCAAUAACGGAUCAUCAAGGCCGUCUUUUCCAGGUAGCCUGUUUCCACUGGAGUCCUCACCGAGGCAUCAACGGAAGGCCCUGAAUAUUUCCGAACCGUUCGCUGUGUCCGUACCUCUGCGUGUGUCUGCAGUCAUUAACUCUAAUAGUACCCCCUGCAGGGCGCCAGGGAAAGAACGAGACCGAGCUUUAGCGGGACUCUUUAAUCCCUCCAGGGAGGCUGGGCCUUCGGGACCCCGUCGCAGCGAAAGUAUAGGCAGCGCUGGAUUCAGAGUUCCCAUCAGCAGCGGAGGUCUGAAUUUCGGGUUUACAGACUGGGAGGCUGGACUGGGAGGUGCCACUGGCAGUACCGGGCACAGGGAGCACUCGCUCGGUGACAGCAGUGAAGGCAGUAACUAUAGCAACAACAGCUCUUUUCCAAAAGAAAAUGAAGAUAAUCAGACUGGGGAUGACAGAGAUGACAUUACUCUGGGCACAACAGAGGGCACGGACGCAGAAGUGAGAGAACUUAUCGCCAGUGUGCAGAAUUUUGAGCCCCGGUUGCCAUCUGAAACUAAAGCAACAGUCGAUACCAAAAACAAGAAUCAAACCUUUGGAGAUGAACUGGAAUCACAACAGGACAUCAAAAAAUUGGACAAACUGGACAUCGAGGUAAACAGCGAGCAGUCAUCGUCUGGCAUCCAUCAGAAGUUUACUGUCGCUGAUGGUAAAACAAACACACUUAAUGAGACUGUGAAAUCCAGCUUUGCCAAUAUCACUGGAAAUGAUGAUAUGCUGAAUGCCCAAGCAAAAAGGAGAAGUAGUUUGCCCACAAACACUCUCUCAUCAAAGGAACUCAUUCUGGAACAAACCAAAGACUUGAAGGUUGAAAAUUCUGGUGUUACUUUGUUAAAGCCUUUCCCUGAAAGAUUGUUGUCGUGUGAUGGUGGCUGGAAUUACCUGGAUCACAAUGUUGAAAGGACUGAUCACACGAGCCAAGAAUCACAGGACACAAUGACAAACAGUCUGGAAUUUUCCCCAUUUCUCCAUCUUAAGGAAACAGAUAUUCUCCAAGAUGCCGAUCCGUGGCCUUUAGGUGAAGAGGAGUUAAAACCAGAUCUUGAUCGGAAAGAUGAUGCUUAUAAAAGUGAAUCGAGCAGUGAAGUAAAAUCGGACGUCCAUACUGAUCUAUUCUCUGGAUCAAAGGAAAUGUUAGCGAUGCAGGAUAUUAGUGUGCGGGGAAAUAAGGAGGUUAGUCAUGAAACCAGGAAACUUGACUUAACGGGAAGAAUCAAGGGAAGUUUGGAAAGACUCUCAACAUGUCUGAAUGAGCAACAUCUUACUUUGGACACUUUGUGUCAGGAUGAUGCGGGAGACACAUGGGGGAGUCAUUUGGGGGGAUUGGAUCAGGUGGAACCAUGGGAGGACUUCUGUACCGACAAGCAAUGGGUGACGAGCCCUCUGCACUCACCGAAACUUGAGGAUCACUUAUUCGCACCAAGAAAAACUAUACCAUGUCAAGCAACUCAGGGCAAAGCUCUUGACAGACCAAAAGUAGACCAGUUGCCCAACAGCCAAAGAGUCAAAGCUAAAGACCCAGCUGUGGCUAAUGACAUUACAUCAUCUCAAACAUCUGUUCCUGUGACUGCUGUUGCCAAACUUGGAAACUCCAACGUCCAGAAGGAAAAUGAAAGAUGUGCAGAUGUAAAUGUACCUUGUUUGGCACAGAUAACGAAGCUUUCUGAAAACGUUGAGCUCAAAGGUAAAAGUAAACGAGAGAAUCCACAGAUUAGGGUGUUCAAGACAUCCGUAGAUCCAAGCAAGACCACUGGACUGCAAAAUGUAAGCAAAGGAAAACAGAAACACUCUUCUCCCUCUCAGAGAUUUCACCGUCAGGCAUCACACGAGUCCUGUGUCAAGGAAAGACAUAACGAAAACCUUAUACCCAGACACAGACCAUGCUCCCUAAACCUUGAUUUGGGACACAAAGGUGUCAGAGACAUUUCAAAUUGUCACUACCUAAAACAAAAUGCACGGGAAGCGGUGGACCCACAAGAGCAUCCUGGUGGAUCAUCUCUGGAGUUGGACCUGUUCCUAAGCUGCUCUCAGGCACCCAUGCGACGCAACUCGGCACCAGUUAGCGUUUCUUCGGUUCGCACUGCGUUCAUGAUUAAAACCUGUCAGGCCAAAGCUGUGCCUGUUAUUCCACCAAAAAUUCAGUACAGCCACAUACCUCAUCCCCCACCUUCUGAGCAAAGCCAUAAAAGCCCCACCAAUAAGAAACCUGUAAAGAGCAAGCUGGGGAAAGCCGGUUCUGCGCCACCUCUCCAGAAAGUCCGAAAUUCCAAAGAGGAGCAGAAGAGUUGUGAGCCACCACGCCAGAUGUCCAAGGAGAACGUAAAUGAGACUUGGAAACCAACACCCAUCCCAGAUCUCCCAGUACUGCGAAGGAAGCGAUCUGCUAACGGGGACACGUUUAUGGACCGCCCUAGACCCGAACGUUCAUCGUUGCUUCAAAGAUCGUCCUUCAGAAACCGUCCGAGGCCUCAAAGCCUUAUUCUCUUCAGCCCCCCGUUUCCAAUCAUAGACUAUCAUUCGGGAGGAGGAGAUGAUAAACUGGCCCUGUCACCUAUUAAAGCCGAAGUCUCACCGUUUGAUGUCUACGCAAAGGAACUUGCCGAAAACUUCAGUACUCCUGAGGGGGUGACUAUGCGUAACAAAAUGACUUUGCCAAAGAGCGGACAGAGGCUGGAAACCUCGACCAGUUGCUUCUACCAGCCACAGAGGAGGUCCAUGAUAUUUGACAACAGAAGUAACAGGCAAAUUGAGUGACCAUCGAGUGAUAACUAAAGAAUCUUUAGGGGUUAUCAUGCAUACAUAACAGAACACACAUGAUGCUCGGAAAUCAAGGUGCCAUUCCUGAUAAAACAGAAGUAUUGUAAGUAUUGAGCUUUGUGUAAAAUGCUGCUGCUAAGGAUUUAUACUAGAUAUGUAUUUCUAUGUUACUCUUUGAGAACUAAAACAUGCCUCAGGAGAUGCCUAGGAAAUUUAGCAGACUCCCGUAUGUCAAUACCAAAUGUAUGUCCAUACUGUAUCCCAACUGAAAUGGACCCAUUCCUUUCCCAAAAGCUUUAAUGUCUGUUGCUAUUUUAUCUUGCUUGUUUACAAUUGAAAAUAUAAAAUGUCUUUAAUCUACAUGAUUGAAUAUGACAUUGAGCAUGACUACCAACAAGAACAUUCAACUAUUACAAUUGUUUUUGUACAAAAAUGGCAACAACCAUCAUUUAUUUAUUCUGCAGUGUUUUGUUUUAUUGUCAUACUUUUUUAUUUUCAGUAUUGUAUACAAAACUGUACAAAUCGAUUUGUACAAAUGUUUAAAGUAUGGUUUCAAGACGGUUUCAAAUAAGACCUGGAUAUUUCCAACAUUAAUUCCUGUUCUGCUCUACCUUUUGUUGGUCUGUAAUUACAGUUUUAAUAUUUUCAAAUUAUGUGGUUAACUAGUUAGAGAUUUAUAAAGAAAACUAUGUGAUGUUGAGAUGGCAAAAAAUGGGAAAUAUAAUGAAUAUUUUGUUAUAUAGAAACUGUAAAGCAGAAUAAUUUGGGCGAUACAUUUUGAAUCAGGCAGUGAUUAUGAAAGCUGUCAGUUAUUGUAACCAAAAACAUUAACAUUGUUAUCUGCCCUUAAUAAUCAAAUGGGAUUUAUUGUAUGUAUAUUCCUUCCAAAAAAUAUAUAAUAAAAAUACUUUAUAUGUAA